GGUACUUAAUUAUAAACCAAUAAUCGUUAAACGACGAUCUCUCUUGGCCACUUCAAAGGAAAUCAAUGUUUCGCAAUCGUGCUUAUAACUUUCACGGGUGUCAAGCUUGUAUAGUAAAUUCUCAGUACCAUGGUUGUCCAUGUUGUCGUCAAUCGCAAUAUCAUAGUCCUUACUGUUCUACUCCGUUCUUUCACCUACAUGAUGUUCCAUCGACGAGUGGAAGGUUUUAUGGCUAUAAUAGCUAUGGUAAUAGCUCCCCGGACCAGCAUACACUUAGGCGUAGUUCCUCAGAUAUCUCAUUACAUAGUUUUUACAAUGAGGGCUUGAAUGAGGUAGAAGCAUCAGUGGGAGACGAAAGUGGAGGCGUACCAGAAUGGAAAAUCUCCAAAUUCCGAACUCAUAAAUAUGGGAAAAAACUUAAAUUCCGGUGGUGGUGGCAAAAGAAAAAGAAGUUUGUCGCCGACGAUUCUCAGUGUUCGAUAUGCCUAGUCGACUAUGAGAAGGGAGAUAAGAUAAUGACUUUGCCAUGUAAUCAUAUUUACCACAAGGAUUGCAUUUCAUAUUGGUUCAAAGAAAACAGAGUAUGUUGUGUGUGCAAACGCGAGGUUUAUUAAUAUAUUAAUGCUCAUUCUCAUCGGACAAUAAUGAUUAAUUAACAGUUAAUGUAAUUUGGUUAUGGUAACGUGAGUUUCCAUAGAGUUUUUGUUUGGUCAUAAUGAUUAAUUAACAGUUAAUGUAAUGUAACGGAUUUA